CCAUAAGAUCUCAAAAGGAAAAUAUAACAAAGGAUGCUGUCGCAUAUUCCUUCCCCACCCCGGUCCCAAUGCCUGCAACUCCACCACUUGUUUUGAGGGUUUUUUUUUUGUUUUUUUUGUUUCAUGAAGGUUCUUCUGAUGGUUACCUGUUGUAAUUCAACAUCAACAGAACAUUUGACUUGGUAUUGAUUCUGUAUAAUCCGACACUGUGCAAAUUCAUAGCUUAAACAGUGUGUUUGCAAACAACUCGUGGAAGGCUCUCCAAAGUUCUGAACAUCACAACGAUUCAUAUUCCAGAGAAUUCUCUGCUCCAGUUCGUCCUUUUUCUACUUGAAAUGCUCAUUGAACUCAGAAAUCAGAACCCCUUCUUAUGGAAACUGUCAGUGUAGGACUUAUAUCGAGUCCCUUCAUCUUCAACGGAUCCCCUCAACGAACUAGGCCUUGCUCUACCAACUUCUUGUCCUUUGGGUUUCUUCAAUCCAAAAAGCUUCGAAGAUUUCCCCACAAUUUUUCUUGUAUUAAUCGUCCAACUACUAGAAAUGAGAAAUAUGAAGGCGGUGAUCGCAGUUUUCGUUCGAAUCUCUUCUGGGUCUUGGUUCCGAUUUUGCAAAGUAUCAAAGGAGUUAUCUUGUCCAAAACCCACAAAGCUCAGAGUGUUUCGGGGGGAUUUGUGAAUGGGGGAUUGAAUGGAACUUACUUACAAAGCGGGAGUGUCGGGACUGCUUUGUUGAGUAUAACUGCGACCGCGAAGCAUCGGAUUAGUCCGUUCGUUGCUACAUUGGCAACGAAUCCGACGUUUGUUUCGGGAUUGUUUGCGUGGUUCUUUGCACAAUCGACGAAGGUUUUGUUGAACUUUUUCGUAGAAAGGAAAUGGGAUUUGAAAAUAAUGUUUGCUUGUGGUGGGAUGCCUUCGUCUCACUCUGCAUUGUGCACAGCUUUGACGACUUCAGUGGCUCUUUGUCAUGGCGUUGCGGACUCUCUUUUUCCUGUCUGCUUGGGCUUUAGUCUUAUUGUCAUGUAUGAUGCAAUUGGUGUUCGUCGACAUGCCGGCAUGCAAGCUGAGGUUCUUAAUCUUAUCGUUGAGGACUUGUUUGAAGGACAUCCCAUAAGCAAAAGAAAGCUGAAAGAGCUGCUUGGCCACACGCCAUCGCAGGUCCUUGCUGGUGCUCUUCUAGGCAUCGCAGUUGCUUGGUUCUUUUGUCAGGGUUCCAUGAUACUAUGUUGAAUUAACUUCUUUGGAAUUGUUAAUUCAACCCUUUUCACUAUGGAAACACCCUUUUUUUUUUUUGCUUUAUAGUUUUAAAAUGGCAUCAAUCGCUAAAUCUUUUACAAAAAAGGAUCAUUUGUUCAAAAAAAAAUACUUUACAAUAUUACUUUUCACAACAUUUUAAAACUACUGUUGGAGUUAGAAAUUUUUGAAAUGUUAGAUGGAAGAUGCUUGUUAGUA